UUGUCAUUCACUCAGAGGAGCUGGAAGCUCAAAUAACUCCCCUUGGCUGGGAGCGGUGAGCAAAUCUCUCAUGAUGGCUCUAGAGAAAGUCAAGGGGCUCUUGCCUGAGGCUCAAGAGGUCAACGUGUGCAUUGUCUCAGCCGUACUUUGUAGCUCAGCCACUGCCGUUUUGGUGCUAGGAUGGAUGAACCAGAGACGGGUCCAGAAGAAACUCGAAGAGGCAAAGAGGAGGCAAGAGGCUGGCUUUCAACAGAUGGAGAAGGCUGCAAAGCAGUUUAAACAGCAGAACCCAGGUGUGAAAGCCACUCAGAUCCUCCCUCUUCCUCUUGUGGAGCUGUCUGCAAAGUUGAAAGAUGGUUCUUUGUCUCCGGAAAGUGUCCUGUAUGUCUACAUGGAAAAGGCCUUAGAGGUAACCCAGAAAAUCAACUGUGUGACAGAUUUUCUUCCAGAGUGUGAAGAUCAGCUCCGGGAAGUGAAGAAACGGGAGAAAGGAUUACUUUAUGGGGUCCCUGUCAGUAUCAAGGAAAAUGUUGCCUGCAAGGGCUACCCCAAUACACUUGGCUUGGUGAAAUUUCUGGACUGUCCUGAGCGUGAUGAUUCUGUAAUAGUCAAGGUUUUAAAGAAACAAGGGGCAAUUCCAUUUGUAAAGACUAACACUUCACAGGCCAUAUUAAACAUUGACUGUGGCAAUACACUGUUUGGACAAACCUUGAAUCCUUUCAACCAUAAGAAAACCUCUGGAGGCUCUAGUGGAGGGGAAGCAGCACUCAUUGGAGGAGGAGGGUCCAUUCUUGGGAUUGGGACAGAUGUGGCUGCAAGUAUUCGGGUGCCAUGUGGAUUUUGUGGGAUCUGUGGGUUCAAACCAACUGGCUAUAGGCUGAGCGUCAAAGGUGCUACCACUCCUGUAGCUGGAAUGAACUCAGUCAUCUCUGUGACAGGCCCUAUGGCGAGAGAUGUGGAUAGUCUGGUUCUGUGCAUGAGGGCUCUCCUGUGUGAGGAAUUGUUUCGUUUGGAUCCAGCUGUGCCCCCACUUCCCUUUAAUGAGGAGAUUUAUUCUAGUUCCAGACCACUUAGAAUUGGAUACUAUGAUGGAGAUGGUUAUUUCCAGCCAUCUCCCAGCAUGAGGCGGGCAGUGAAGGAAGCCAGAAAACUGCUACAGGAAGCAGGACAUACGCUUAUACCCUUCACUCCCCCUCGAAUUGAUUUUCUGGUGGAUGAGCUUUUCACGAAAGGCCUCUAUGCUGAUGGAAGUUCUACAUUAGUGGAGAAGUUUGAUGGAGAAUUUGUGGAUUCCACUUGGACAAACCAGAUGCGUUGCUACAGAAUGCCAAAUCUGCUGAAGAGGAUCUUGGCUCUCAUUUUAAUGCCUGUGUUUCCACGGAUUUCCCGACAUCUGAAUGCUCUUGUUGGAAUAAGGUCAGUGAAAAGCUUUUGGAAGAACAACGCUGACAGGAUGGCUUACCGUGAUGAAUUCAUUGCAGAAUGGAGGAAGCUGAAUCUGGAUGUUGUGCUUUGUCCUGCUCUGGGACCAGCCUUUAAUCUGGGAUAUGCUGGCAAGCUAUUUGUUGCUACUACCUACACGCACCUGUACAACGUCCUGAAUUUUCCUGCUGGAGUUGUCCCAGUUUCUACAGUGACGCAGGCAGAUGAGGAAGAGCUGAGACUUUACAAAGGGCAUUAUGGAGACCCCUGGGAUAAGAGAAUGAAAGAGGCUGUGGAGGAUGCUGUGGGGCUCCCUGUGGCAGUCCAGUGUGUGGCCUUGCCAUGGCAGGAGGAACUGUGUCUUCGGUUCAUGAAGGAGGUAGAGACACUCUCCCAAGAGAAGAGAGGGAAGAGGAAAGUUUGAGUCUGUCAGAAAGAAGACUGCAAAGAAUGUUGUUCUGUAUCUACUAAUAAACACUUUUGUUGACUUCUUUCAUUUA